ACACCAUUGGUUCACAAAAAUCAACGCAGAAAAGAAAGAAGCCAAUGUCAUCGAAAGAAAGCCUUAUGUGUAAUAAUAAUCAUCACUAUUCUUAUUCUUAUUGUUUUCCAUAUCUCUGUCCAUAUCUUCAUCCUUUUCCUCAUUUUUGCCUAAUCCUUAUUCUCAUCCUCGUUCUUAUCCUCAUCCUUAUUGUGAUCUUUAGUGUUAUCGCUCACCAUAUCGUUGUUCUUAUUCUCUUUGUUAAAUUUUUAUCUUUUCAUCCAGGGUGCGAUAAUUCGUACCUGACUGGUACUCUAAUUAUGGUUUUUGCCGCGUACUUGAGCUGGUACGACUUAAGACUCAAGGUGUACUUAGUCUUCAAAAUAAAGAACAAAUAGUACAGGUUUCUGAAAGGUAUUCAUUGAGUAACCUCUAAAACUACGAGUCAGAACAAGGAGAACAAUUGCAUAGUUACACAAACCUACAGUUGACGCCAGAGCAAUCAUGUUUCAUGCCAAGAUAUGUCGGAGUUGCACAUACAAACUUAAAUUGCGGUUUUGAAUACUUUGGGGUUUGGAAAGGUCAUGUGGUACCAGCAAAAUGUAAGUACGCAGAUAGCAAGAGUUCCGCGUACCUACGUGGUACUUGCAUGGUUGAAAACAAAGAAGUACCAGACCGUAAUACUGGUGUACUUCCGGUACGAACGUACGCGAAUUAUCGCACUCUGUCAUCCUUAUCCCUGUCCUCAUUUUUAUUGUUAUUGUUGUUAUUUUUAUUAGUACCAUAACUUUGCUUGGUUGUAGGCAACUAUCAAAAUCUUCAUUUUGUGUUUUUUUCCUUUCAUAACAAAAAAGCCAACAAAGUUCCAAUACUGGAAAAGCGUGUUAAAUCUGUCGGCAUGAUUGCUUUGAAAAACAAAGAUGACGAUGAACCAACCUACACAGGUACAGGUUGGCUUGUUGCCAAGGAAGAAAAUGAAUCUUAUAUAAUGACUAACUAUCAUGUGAUUUCCGCGAUCAAGCAACGCAGACGUCAAACACACCGGACGCGAUUCGACAACGCGACGCGAUUUUUCGAUUUUCACUGACCGAUAACUUUGAUCCUAGUUUAAAUUUUCCAAAUAUUUAGAAGCGCUAUAACAUUUUGAGUUAUUUGGUCUACAUAUCUUUCAAAAUUUGGUUUCAUUGGCUGUUUUAUUAACUUUCAGAAACUAAAAAAUCGCGUCGCGUUGCCGAAUCGCGUCCGGUGUUUCUGGACCUUAACGCCUGAUUCCACGACGGCGAAAUUCUUCGCGCGAAACUGUGUUUGCGAAAUACGGAUGGUUGCACAUGAGAGAUUCUAUUGAAUUUUUCCGCUUUCGCAGUGAGUAGAACUGACUUCUACUCACUGGCAAAGCGAAAUUUUUUCUCACGAAGCCUAGUUUAUCUUUACUGCGCAAUAGUGCGCAUGUACCUAAUUCAUUUCGCGCGAAAUAUUUCGCCGAAGAAAGCACCGGUGGAAUCAGGCUUUAAAUGGAAUCAGGCCUUGUCAUUUGUUUCGCCUCUGGUUAUUCCGGCUGUUGCAAUAGUUGGUCAACUACACGUACCAUCACAUAGAUGUUUAUUAAGAGGCAAAAGCCCAUAGGCAAAAUAGGAAACAUUUGAAAAUCUUGAAGUUUUCUUGAAUGUUUCGCUGUUUAUCCAGCUUUGGAAACCGUUCUCACGAAGCAAACAUAUUUCCCAAUAAUUCAGAAACAUAUUUUGUUUCUCUAUGUGAUUUUUUUAGCGAAACAAUUUUUCUUGUUUGUCCACUUUCGAGAAGAAGACUGUAUAUAGGAGACCAGGGCCGUAACUAGAAGCGAUAAUUGGGGUAUUCAUAUACUCGUGCUCUGCCCGAUGGAAUUUUUGAAAGCGAUUGUUUUUACAGUAUGUGAACAUGAUUAUAUUCACCCCAAAUAUCGCGUCUAGUUACGGCCCUGUAGGAGACAUGGUUCCCUGGUUUGCUCACCUUGGAAAGAAGGCUACUGUAGGAAAUAAUGUUUCCUGGUUUGCCCACCUCCGGGAAACAUGGCUAGGAAACAAUGCUUCCUGGUUUACCCAUCUUUGGGAAACAUGGUUAAGAAACAUUGUUUCAUGGUUUACCCACCUUCGAGAAACAUGGCUUGGAAACAAUGUUUCCUGGUUUACCAGCCUUUUGAAAUAAAAAAGUUUCUGAAGAAAAUUCUAUCUUAUCUUUUAUUAUAGUCACCAUUGGUUCACAAAAACCAACACAGAAAAGAAAGAAGAAGCGAAAAAGAUUAUCAAGCACAAAUCCCCGACGAUUGUCAUCGAAAGGAAGCCCUGGUGGAAAUAAUAAGUCCCAUGCAGCGCCUGUCAAAAUGUGUGGAUCUUGUAAAGAUGAAACACCGCUUUCAAGUGACCGGGACAAAUGGCCCAUUGAUAAAAUCGAAAUUGGCUGUUUUCACCAAAUUUGCAAACUACUCGACUUAGCUGUUCGUAGCAAGGAACCACUAAUGAACGGUUUAGGUGGCUUCGACCAAACAACUGCUGCAUGUAUUAAAACAAAAUAUGAAACAAGGGGAGGAUCGGGGACUGCCGAAGAAGUACUCUCUAAGUGGGGAUCAAGAAAUCAAGAAAAUAAUAAUGUGGGGGCUCUUAAGAAGAUUCUUAAAGAUACCAUGCAAAGGGAUGAUGUUGUUGACAAGAUUGAAAAAUGGGAGAAGUUGUCUGUUUGUCAUGGAUGCGGUAUUAAAUUUAAAAAGCCACACUAA